AAUAAUAACCACCGCAGAAACAUCACGCAUGACUCACAGGCGUCACAGCGGAGAUGGCUGGCACCGUUGAAUUGCCGGCGCUGUAUAAAAUGAGCUAUCGCCGAUAGCUGACCGUUUAGUUCCAAGUCACGCGUGGACACCGAUUGACGGUUUCGUUUACAGCACAGCACAAGCAAAAAAGUGGGAAGGUGUUACAGCAUUACCAAUGGAACUGAAUAACUCAGGAGCACACACGUUGCCGUUCGCAUUUUGGCAGCACGACCAAAAUGACCUUGAGAAUGAGAUCGAUCAUGAGCCGUCGGCCGAACUAACGAUUGAAAGAAUCGACACCUGUCUAGAGGAAAAUGGUCUCAAUCAUCGGACGGAAAAAUUUGAACUUAUGAGCACAUCCAAUGCCAAAGCGAAACCUUCCCAGCUCGUCGUACGCCGUGGUGAAGAGUUCCUUGUGAAGCUGAUCUGCAGCCGGCCGGUGAACUUGAAAACGGAUGCCAUAUCGCUCGUCCUAGCGGUGGAUCCUAUAGCAAGUGAAUGGAUCAGCCAUGGGCAUGGAACGGUCGUUUACCUGAUACUGCAAACAGGCGAUAACAAUGAGGAGGAAGAUUCCGACUGGAGUGCAAAGUUACGAUCGAUGCAAGUUAAUGAGGACGGCCUAAUGGAGCUGCUCGUUGCAAUACGAACUUCACCCACCGCGUCCGUAUCCCGGUGGACGCUGACUAUCAACGUCAAGUCGGAGGGAGUGGAAGAGAGCAACAGCUAUCAGCUAGAUCAACCGUUCUAUCUACUAUUCAAUGCCUGGUGUGAAGAGGAUCCAGUUUAUCUUGAGGAUGAGGAUCAACGGCGCGAGUACGUGCUGGAGGACAUGACGAUGAUCUGGAAGGGAAACGAACGCAGCUUCUAUCCCCGCAAAUGGAAGCUCGGCCAGUACGAGGAGAACAUUCUCGACUGUGCGCUCUGGCUGCUCGGCGACGUCGCUCGCCUUUCCGCCACCUACCGGGGCAAUCCGGUCAAGGUGUGCCGUGCCCUGUCCGGCGUGGUCAACAGCAACGAUAACUACGGCGUCGUAACCGGCAACUGGAGCGGUAGCUAUGGCGACGGGACGGCCCCAACCGCUUGGACCGGGUCGGUCAAGAUCCUGCAAGAGUACUACCGCACCGAAAGCCCGGUCCGGUACGGCCAGUGCUGGGUGUUUGCCGGUGUACUGGCCACGCUCUGCCGAGCGCUCGGACUCCCGUGCCGCAUCGUCACCAACUUCUCGUCCGCCCACGACACGGAAGCGUCCCUCACGGUGGACGUAUACCUGGACGAGGAGGGCAACGUUAUGCGGAACUUUUCACGCGACUCCAUCUGGAACUAUCACGUGUGGAACGAGGUGUGGCUAAAGCGUCCCGAUCUUGGUACGGCCGCGUACGACGGUUGGCAGGUGAUCGAUGGAACACCGCAGGAAUUUUCCGACGGCACGUACAAGCUCGGUCCAGCACCGGUCGUUGCCGUUCGGAAGGGGCUAGUGAACGUGCUGUACGAUUGUGACUUUGUGUUUGCGGAGGUGAACGCAGACAAGGUGUUUUGGCGCUACCGGGGCCCCGGUAGGGCGUUGAAGCUGAUCCAGAAGGAUACGGCCGGGAUUGGGCAGUUCAUUAGCACGAAGGCGAUCGGUGUGGAUGAGCGGGAGGACAUUACGGCCAGCUACAAGUGCGGUGAACAGUCGUCCGAAGCGAAGCUUACGAUGCUGCGAGCGCUCAAGCUGGGCCAGAGCUGUCUAACGAAGCACUACCUCAAGCAGGUGAAGAUUGAGGAUCGUUCCUCGAUCAAGCACGAGGGCCGCGAUGUGGAGUUCGAGCUGGAGUUGAACGAUCGUGCCCUGGUCGGGGAAGCGUUCAACAUUGUGCUGCGGGUAAGGAACAUAUCACCGGACGAGCCCCACGCGGUCUGCGGUCGGAUCCAUCUCAACCACAUCCUGUACACGGGCAAGAACAUCAAAACCAUCACGAGCCACCCGUUCACGGUGGAGGUGGAACCGAGCGGAGAGGAAGUGAUUGAGGUGCCGGUCGCGUUCGACGACUACUACGAGCCGGGCAUGGAUGAGGCGAUCUUUAAGGUGACCAGCUUCGCCACCAUCGAGGGUGCGGACUAUGAGUACUUCUCGCAGGAGGAUUACAGCCUCCGCAAGCCAGACGUCCAGCUGGAGUUGAGCGGUACGCCGUUGCUGCGCUCUUCGCUCAAGGUUAAGGCGACGUUCUACAAUCCACUGCCGAUUCCCAUCACCGCCGGAUCGUUCCAGAUUGAGUGUUCGGGAUUGUGCAAGAGUCUCACCAUUCCGAUUGAGUUUGUUGACGCGAGGGACAAGUGUGAAGUCACCUUCCUGAUUCGACCCUCGUUCAAGGGAAGCACUCAGCUGUCGGCUAAAUUCCAGUCGAACGAGCUGAGCGAUAUCGAAGGGUCGCUUAACUUUGAGGUGGAAGAGCGCGAGGAAAACAAUACACUGCAUGAGGUUUUAUUUUUCUCCUAAAUUGGAGAUCUAGAGCAAAUGAUCGAUGCAACACAGUACCAGUUGUAAUAAAAAAAGUCGUAAAAUAUAAACCAAGAUGUCAGCCAUUUGCCAUCACGAUUCAAUACCAAUCACCAAUAAACGAUCGGGAAUUAGUUGUUACCACAGAUCACCAAUAAAACUUAAAAGUAUGCUAUAAAA